CAUGUUUGGUUUUGGUCACUGGGCCUCUUGGGCCUUUGCCGCCGCAUCACAUAGGGUACCACCAUCCCGCCGAACCGCAUCUCAGGGGACAUGGCUGCCCCGGCGAGCGGUGGGUGGAGGAGUCGAUGGAGGCGAGCGAAGCAACAAGGCGGGGGCGGCGUCCAUUCGUGUCUCUCUCUUUGGAGGAAGCAUAUGGAGGGGCGACGAGCAGCCGGCGCACCGUGAGCGACUGCAAGGCGAUUUGGGCGAGUGGAAAAAUUCCUGAGAAAAUCGGUGCCUUGGUGCAAGUGGAGUCACUCGACCUAUCACACAAUGAGUUGUCUGGUGAAAUCCCCUCGAGCUUAUCAGCUCUCACAUCAUUGAGUCGCUUGAACCUGUCCUACAACAGACUGACAGGAGAGGUACCUUCCGGAAAUCAAUUGCAAACACUCGAGGACCCAGCAUAUAUUUAUAUCGGCAACCCGGGCCUCUGCGGUCCUUCUCUCUUACGGAAGUGUUCACAGGCCAAGACAAUUCCAGCUCCUCGAGAACACCAUGAUGAUUCAAGAGAUGUUUCAUUUUUCCUAUCCAUAGGUUGUGGAUAUGUAAUGGGUCUCUGGUCAAUCUUCUGCACCUUCUUGUUCAAGAGGAAAUGGAGAGUCAAUUGGUUCACGCUGUGUGACAGCUUGUAUGACUGGGUUUAUGUGCAAGUGGCUGUUACCUGGGCGUCCUGGACAAGAAAAAAUGGAUAGUGACUGAGAUCGAUUGCUAGCACUCGGGUUCUUUGUUUGCUACUAUGUCUGUUUGUAAGGAAUUUAUCAUGUAUCAAUAUUGCUCAAGUAUUAUACCAGCACAGCAGUACUUUUCAUAUA